AUGGAAUGUUAUAAGGAUGGAUUGAGCCAUAUAGGUACAUUUGACGGUAAUGAGUCAACAAAAGUAGAGCAAUUUUUAGCACAAAUUGAACGAAUUGGUAAUCUCAUUGAAGCACAACCAAACGUAUUAUAUUCAAUGACGAAAGCAAAAUUGGUGGGUGAAGCGGCUAAUUGGUUUACAGCAAAUCAAGCAACAUUGACAGAAUGGGAAGAAUUAAAAGCCCAGAUGUUGACACGUUUCAAACCAGUUACUUCUUCAUCACAACUGUUCGAAAAACUAACCAAAAGACGACAAGGACCAGAUGAAUCAAUCAUUACUUAUUACGAUUCUGUUAUCAAACUAUGUCGUGAAUAUGACCCUUCAAUGUCAGACAAAAUGAAAAUUUCAUGUUUAGAAAAGGGUUUGAAAGACGAAUUGAAAAUACAAGUGAAGCGACAAAUGAAAGCAUUAACAGAACAGAUACCACACGCAUUUUUACAAAUAGCAAAAGCGGAAGCUGAAUUACUGUCCCAAGUACAACUACCAUCUGAAAUAACACAGUCGUAUUUUAUUCCAUCCACGAUAUCAACAAUUACACGACCUGCGUUUGGCGGACAAUCUCCACGACCACAUUUAUUUCGAUCAAGAGAACCACGAUAUUAUUCGAAUCAAACUACACAACGAGUACCACAAUCACCAUUUAAUCGGAGUCAGGGUCUCCUAAGAAAUAAAUAUGCACAACUGCAACCACGUCCGAUAUCAUCUACAACAAACUCACAAUCACAACAACAGACGCCAGCAUUAGCUAAACCAGAACAGAUCGUACGAAAUGCAACACAAGAAGUUUUUCAAACUUCAAUGGAAAAUCGCAACGCACAGCAAUUAGCAUUGAGAGGACAGCAGUCGAAAGUAAGAAUACAAUGUCGUCCAUGCUUGUCCACGGGUUUUCGAAUAACUGGAGUACAAGAUGGCGGUACUCCCAGUAAACAACGGCCAUCAGUAUCAUCGACAUUAGCAUCGCCAACUUCGACAAGCCCCGUAGGUUUAUUCACCGCCAGUGCAUUACUGAAUGUAAAAAAACAUGCAACAAAAGUACUAAUAAUCAAUGCAAAUAAUCGUCAAUUUACUUUAUCGAAACAUACAAAAUUGGGUACAAUAGCGUUCCAGACUGAACCAACAAUCUGUUACACAAUUGCAUCAAAACCAGUAAAAGGGAAUGUUCGUUUUCGAACGGACAAAUCCCGUGAAUUCCAAUCGAAAAUCCCAAUUCAUCAGUGUUAUGUAUGUCAGAAAAAUUUUCUAUCCAGAAAUGAUUUACACGUACAUCUCCGUCACCAAUGUUGUCCAACAGAAAUUCGUGAACAUAUUGAUACGAUGACGAAGCAUAUCGAAAACGAGGAUCAACGUGAACAAUUGCAAGUGAUAAAUUACACCUUGGAAGGUGCCAUAAAUACGGGUGAUCAUGCUCCUAUUCACAUACCACCGUAUAGGCAAUCGGGAAAAGAUCAACAACGUAUACAAGAUGGAACGGAUAAAUUAUUGAAACAAGGUAUUAUUGAACCAUCGACAUCCCCGUGGUCCAGUCCAGUCGUACUGUUAGCCGAAUCGGCAUAUUUUACCAAGGUUGAUUUUAAAUCUGGAUACUUUCAAAUUCCGUUACAUCCAAAUGAUCGUCCAAAAACUGCAUUUAGCACCCGGGAUAAUCAUUAUCAAUUUACAGUACUUCCUCAAGGUUUCACUAACGGUCCACCGUCAUUUCAACGCAUCAUCAAUCAAGCUCUGGGUCCAGCUCGUUGGAAGUAUGCUUUAGCAUACAUAGAUGACAUAAUCAUUUAUUCUAAAACAUUUGAUGAUCAUUUGGUACAUUUAGAACAAAUGUUCGGUUCAUUGAAUCAACAGAAUUUCCGUCUAAAUGUGGGAAAAUCAGAAAUCGCAAAGAGGGAAAUUGGAUUUUUGGGUCAUCAAGUCAAGGAAGGAAACAUUAAACCCAAUCCGGAGAAUAUUCGAGCAUUGAUGGAAACACAAAUACCGACAACAGAAGAAGAGGCGUGUAGAUUUCUUAAGGGUGCCGAAUAUUAUCGUAAAUUUAUCCGUGGUUUUUCUAGUAUUGCCGAUCCAUUGUACAAAUAUGUACCAAAGAAAAAACAGGGAAGAUCAAAACAAACCUCGGUCACACUGUCAGAAAAUGUGAACGAUGGCGACUGA